UUUUCUCUCUUUUACUAAAAAAAAAAACAACUUGUCGAAUCGAUAACACAAUAAUAUAAACAAUAAAAAAGAUUUCGAAAGAUUCAUUCGAUUUGAAAUAAAUAUGUUAUCCUCUCUGGUAAAAGAGCAUCAAGUCAAACAAGCUCAGAAAAAAGAACAAUUGGAUCAGAAUCGAAAAGAGGCAAUCGCAGCAUCAAGUGAAUUGACACAAUCUCUCGUUGACCAUUUGAAUGUUGGGGUGGCGCAAGCAUAUUUAAAUCAAAAACGUUUGGAUGCCGAAGCCAAGCAGUUGCAUACAAGCGCAACAAAUUUUGCCAAACAAACACAACAAUGGAUGAAUUUGAUUGAAGGAUUUAGUAGUGCGCUCAAGGAAAUCGGUGAUGUUGAAAAUUGGGCACGCAGCAUUGAAAAUGACAUGGUAUCAAUAAAUGAAACGUUGAAUUUAGCCUAUAAAAAGAGUCGCGAUACUACCACCUAAAUUCGAUUUAUUCAACAUAUAUAUAAAAGUGAUCGACACAAUUCCUAUAAAAAUGUAAAUAAUAAGAGACAUUGUUUUUCAAUAAACUAUAUACAUCGGGGACAUUUUUCUCUGAUAAUAAUAACGA